AUUACAUUAGUGAAACACGUUCAAGAGUCUAUCAAAAUAAAGAAAAUCUCUCGAUAAAAUCAAAUUAAAGACAAAGUUAGUGUUCAAUUUAGUAAAGAACAAAGAUUCUAAUGUGUAGACGUGCGGAAUAAAUCAAGUGUUGCCUUGACUGUGGGGGAAAACAUGUGAACUAGGAUAGGAAUGACGUACUUUGACCAACAUAAACUAUUGUAAACGCGUGGAAAUGUGCUGUUUUUCUUGAUAAUCAGUGAAUUUUUUAAAGUGUCGUCAUGUUUCGGAGUAGAAGUUGGUUUGGGGGCGGUUGGGGGCGGCCCAAGAAUCCGCAUUCGUUGGAAAGACUGAAGUAUUUACAUAACAUCCUGUGCAAAAACACAACAGUGUCUGAAAGCAAUCGCGGUACACUGGUAGAGUCUCUAAGAUGUAUAGCUGAGAUCCUCAUAUGGGGAGACCAGAAUGAUAGCUCAGUGUUUGAUUUCUUCCUCGAAAAGAACAUGCUGUCAUACUUCUUGAAGAUAAUGCGUCAAAAGUGUGGAGGGUCCUCCUAUGUCUGUGUACAGCUGCUGCAAACCCUCAACAUAUUGUUUGAGAACAUCCGCAAUGAAACCUCAUUGUACUACCUCCUGAGCAACAACCACGUCAACUCGAUAAUCGUGCACAAGUUUGACUUCUCCGAUGAAGAAGUGAUGGCGUACUACAUAUCCUUCCUGAAGACGCUCAGCCUGAAGCUCAAUAACCACACCAUACACUUCUUUUACAAUGAGCAUACAAAGGACUUUCCGCUUUACACGGAGGCCAUCAAGUUCUUCAACCACUCGGAGUCAAUGGUGCGCAUUGCCGUGCGCACUCUUACACUGAACGUGUACAGAGUGCAGGAUGCCAGCAUGCUGCGGUUCAUAAGAGACAGAACUGCUGCUCCUUACUUCAGCAACCUUGUGUGGUUCAUUGGAAAACAUAUAUUGGAACUGGACGCGUGUGUUAGAAACGACGCUGAUAACCUUACCCUUUCAAGCCACCAAUCGCAACAGAAGCUGGACGAUCUAGUCGCAGAACAUCUAGACCAUCUCCACUAUAUAAACGAUAUUCUUUGUCUGAACAUUCCUGAUUUAAACGACGUAUUGACUGAGCAUCUACUGCACAAACUGCUGGUGCCUUUGUACAUUUACUCUCUUACAUCAGAGACCAGACCAAACACAUCGCCUUACAACAAAGAACAGAUACAGAGCAUAGAAGUGAUCACACGGAAUCUAGAAGCUAUCCUAAAAGGGAAGAGUUCAGAAUCUCCCUUCUCAAGGCAAAUGGUUGAGUCAGAUGAGGAAACGAAGCCGUCCGUCUCGUGUGUAGUUGCUCUAUUCCUCCUAUCACAAGUAUUUCUGAUAAUAACUCAUGGACCAAUUGUCCAUGCUCUGGCCUGGAUCAUACUUCAGUCUGACGUCACUGUAUUCGAAGACGGAGCCACGAAGAUACUAGAAAUGUACAUUAGUAACGCAAAGUCCAAUGUUAAGUUGGAGUUUUCCAAGCCCCAACUCAGUCUCGAGAAGGCUCUAGAAAGUUCUUCGGGACAUGAUAGAGAUUAUACAACUCCAGAGUACACUGGACCAAAAACGUUCGGAUAUGACUUAGACAAUACUGAUCAGUCCAGUUGUGAUUUAGAUCCGGAACUAGUUUCUACUUCUCUACCCUCAACAUCCCAUAUUAGUGAGUCUUCAAGCAUUGCGAACGAUUCCACAGAAGACCUAGUAACUCAAAUACAUUCAGUGAAAGCGUCAGUAAAGGAAAACAUGCCGGAUUCGCCGUUACCAGAUUCUGGCAUUGAAUCAAGUUCGUCGAAGAUCUCCGAAUCAAAUAUCACUGACGAAGAGAAACAGAAGUUGCUGAGUGCGAGUUCGAGCGCGUCCACUAAGAAGAUUACGUUAGAGAAUAUUCUAGAAAGGCAAAGUAGAGAAAUAGAGAAGAGACCGUUUUUGAAGACAAUACUUGACUCCCUGGAUUGUAAUGAAAAUGACUAUAAGGCUCUUUUCGCCCUGUGUCUGCUCUUUGCACUAAUAAAUAACAAAGGUGUAAACACGGAACUUCUGGACACGCUUCUAUGUCCAGAGCCAGAGGAGAUUGCGAAUUCAUUUAGUACUAUUUCAACUACUGAUGGUGCUAGUCGUCAAGAUGAAGCAGGGAAAGAUCCAGGAGCAUCAAAUACCCCAGUUCCGAAGAAACCCAUGCAGAGUUUUAACGCCCUGCUGAUACAUAAGCUACUGGCUAUCACCAAUCUAGCUUGUAAACCAACAUCAAAAGUCCGGCUGGUGACCCUGGAGCUGAGCGUGACGCUGGUGAGGAUAGCGAUGCAGGGCGCGAGCGGCGUGGCGGGCGCGCGGCACGUGGCCGGCUGCGACGCGCUGCGCACGCGCGCCGCCGCGCUCGCCAGGAACCUCUACAAGUGCGACGACAUCUUCCUCGACAUGUUCGAGGACGAGUAUUGCGAGAUGAGCAAACGUCCUCUGAAUGUGGAAUGGCUCUGCAUGGACGCGGCGAUACUGUUGCCGCCGACACGGACGCCGAUGUCUGGGAUCGCCUUCGCUAAACGACUGCCCAGUGGAGAGAUGGAAAGAGCCCGCCGCGCAAUAAGAACAUUCUUCCUAGUCAGGGACCUGUAUUUGAAAGUGGCUGGUAAACCUGAAACCCAGCUGCCCUUAGCAAAUCCCGCGCCCUUCGUGCAGGUUGGAGAUGUACUAGACCUUAAUGAUUCAGACCUGAUAUCCUGUGAUAUCAUUCAGAAGGACGGGACAUGGCACCACAGGUUUCUAGCGGUGGACAAUAUACAGAUAAUUUUAGUGGAACCUGACAAACAACGGCUAGGCUGGGGCGUCGCUAAACUUGUUGGCAGUCUACAGGAUUUGGAGAUCCAAGGCGACAAGGACGACCCACGGUGCCUGCACCUGACGAUCCACAAGCCGCGCGUCGGCGCCAGCGGCGCGCUGCCGCGGACCGUGCUCUUGCGCGCCAAAUUCAAAUUCGAUGAUCACAUCCGCAGUAUGGCCGCUAAGCAGCGGCUUACAAAGGGCCGCACGAAAUCCCGCCAAAAGAAGAUGCAGCAAAUAGGUCGACUUCUAGAAGUAUCAGGCAUGGCCGCUCCGUCCCUGGCGCCGAGACAUCGACCCUUGUUCACGCGCCCCGGUCUCUCUGCGAUACGACGCUCCACAGGCGCGGAUGGUGACGACAUGGACCGUCGCUUGCGCCGACCGAGCUCGCACAUGCUGAAGGACGGCAUCGUCGUCUACCGGGAGAGGACCACCAGUCGAGAGAGCAGUGUAUCUAGAAGCAGCAGUACUCACGGCUCGCGUGAGGGCUCACCGCGCGCCCGCUCCGAAGACAUCCCUCUAGAAGACAUCAAACGCACUGCCCCCGUGCCUAAACCCGUUGUUACUAUGCAGUAACGGCCCGUACACUAAGUACCAUCGCAUGUUACUGGACUGAGUGUCAGCCAAGCACAUCAGCGGUCCAGAAGGCGAGCUCAGAAGAAACAUCGUUCAUAUCGGGCGAGCCGCGGCCGCGUCGGAAAGGCAUCGUCGAGACCAUUUGAUAUUAGACCCCCGCUCACGAGCUUCACAGAUAACCUUGCAGUAAGAUAAUAACUAGUUUUUAUGACAUAAUAUUGCGUCACUAAUUGCAGUGAAGGGAUAAUUAAAGCACAUAAUAACGGGUUCUUACCGCGUUUAAAUGGAGAUAUGAGACUCCCGAUAUUUCGAGACUGUAGUGAAGGUCUACUCCAUGAACCAGGCAGAUAGGUUGACCGCAGCCAAUUUGACGUAGGUAUUCUUAGAUGACUAAAAUUGCGAUUCCAAAGAACUCGGCAGGACGACAAUGACACAACAUAAGCUCACGACUAUAUCGCGAUUGGGGUAGGCAGAAGUACAUCCAUCACAAAGUGAACUAAGUACCUACCCACGCCUCACCGUGAUUUCUGUUAGAUCAACUUCAUAAAUGGUGAGCCGUAUUGCCGUCUAUAAUGGUCGAGCCAACUGUGUUAUUGAAAACUACAGAUAAAUUAAUGCAAGUCCGGUACUGGUGUUCGAUCUAGCGCUCUUCGUUUGAGUGACUUAAAACAGUGGGUUAGGAUGACAAACACGACAGUGAGCAGUAUUGAUUUGUAUGCCGACUGCCGUGUACCGUUGUUCGGAAUUGUACUUAAACAGGCUUCAAUGAGCCAUAGUAUUAUAUAUCAGUGAGGAUUGGCUGUCCCAGUUCCACAUACAAGACCUGAGUUGUUUUAGAAUUGAUUUUAUUAAGACUUAUCAAACAGUUUUUAUACUUAUCCUGCUGCUGAUUUUAGGACAGUAUCAAUUUUAAAGUAACUUAUAUUUAAAGACCUUUUUACUAUACAUAGGGCACAUAGUAAAUUGAGUUUUUCUAUGUGAAGUGUCAUGUUUCUUGAAAAAUAAAAAGUGUGGAUACCUUAUUAUGUAAUUAGAGACGCAAUGUUUUAAUCUGUAUCGAAAUCAUGACGCGUUUGACGUGUAUUUUAAUAUAUUCAGAUUUAAGGUUUUAAAGAUUCCGCCAUGUCGUUGCUCUGGCAUAAGAAAUAAGGAUUUUAAAUGUUAUAACUGGAUUUAAAGUAAUUGUCUUUCGAAUUAAUUUUAUUACUUCAUACAUAAUGACCAUUUCUCAUUAAUAGUAUUAUCAAAAUGUAUGUUUCCAAUAAAUAUCAGGUUAAUUUAAUCGGAAUCUCAAUGAUAAAACAUGACAGGAUUGUAAGAAUAAAGUUACGAAGAUGUAAUUUGAUGGCUAUGGAUUGUGCCAAGUUAUAGUAUGUGUGCAUUUGUUGGUUACACGUCAAUGUUUGCUAAUCGCUUGAUAGAUUAUCCGUGAGGGUCUAUAUUGGUGUUGAUUAGCAAUAAAAUAACAAUUAAGUAGUAACCAUGUCGACAAAGCUAUUUGGUAUCGAUACCACAGUUUGACUACCUAAAGCAGAGCCAAUUUAACAAAGAAGCCGGCAUGGAAAAUUUAUCCUUAUAACUGCGGUACUUAUAAUAUCAAUUUACCCUGGCAAAAAAAAACAACGGCACUUUGUUUUAAUGUCAAAUGAUGGCAUAACAGAAAACAAACUGUAUCAGCAUCAGGGGGUCUAAUAAGGCUACAUCGAAUGAAUUCAUCUAAAAAUAAAUAUAAAUUCAAUUAUUUUUUUAAUAAAGUAAAAUAUUUAUUAAGUCAAAAACAAUUUGCACGAUAAAUUUACAGGAAUUACUGCACUCAAUUUCAAUUUGACAUUCGUGAAUAAAAGGUAAGUGCGCAAUGUCGACAAAAUGUCGAAUAGCAAUAUUGUUUUUUUAGAUCAAUUGCUUCAUUGUGGCUUUUUGAACCCCUCAGUUCUCUUGUAGCCUAGUCGACAAUAUUUUUCUAGUUUCCAAAAUUUUGUAUCGAUAACAAAAAAACAACGCACAAACGUGUCCCAAUAUCUAUUGAUAUAUACAAAAAAUAGACUAAAAAGAAUAAAUUUCUUGGUUUUAAGAUCUCAGAUUAUAAUAUUAAAUCAAUGAAUGUGAAAAAUCUCAGAGCAACACGGGCCUCCGUCAUGUACCUAGCGAAUGACCGUAACAAAAUGCGAAACUAAUUCCAAUUUACAUGUAUUUCGGUUGUAAUAUUCGGUAUCCUACAGGAUAUGGACAUUCGCUAGAUACAGACAUGACGCCGUCACAUUCGAUUAAACCUUGACCGUGUAAGUGAGGCUUCUUGAGACUUCGUUGAGGCUUGCCCAGAGGGAUGCUAAAGGCUGUAUAGAUAGAAGAAAUGUCAAUGUAUGAAUGUAAAAGCUAUAAGUAUAGAUAGAAAAGUUCGCUUGAUAUUCUCUGAUGGACGAGUGAGUAUUUAUAAUUAUAUAAAAGCUUGUCAAUUGCAAGAAGAAGUGGGAAAAGUGAAAGAAUAUAUUUACUAACCAUUUGACUAUGUCCAUAUCAUUUGGAAGUAAUUAAUUAAGGGUAGUAUUAAUAAACUAAUCUCAGCUGAGACUGCCCUUAAGAUCAUGCUGCCCUGUUUUUAUAUAAGAACGGUCACUUUGACAUGAUCUUGAGGGCAGUCUCGAAGCUGAGAUUAGUUUAUGUCCUACCUUUAAUCCACAUAUUAGCAUGGAAUUAACAAUAAUAAAUAUAGAAAACAAUAUAGAUAAAUAAAGAUCGGCAACCACCCCCCCCCCCCCCCGCGCCAAUUCGUAUCGGGUGCAUACCUCACCCCCUUCUGGAUCUCAUUUAGUCUUAAAUGGCUGUAAGCUGGUAGCGAGUAAGGGGAACUCGGACUGUAUCU